CUUUUGAGUCUGGCAGUACUGAUGGCAAAGAUGUUUCAGUAAUUGGUGCUUUGAAUAAGCCUCCUGAACAGCAGGCAUCUAAGUUUCCAAAAGAAGCUAAGGAAGGAAACUUGAAAAAAUGCUCUAAGAAAUUGCCAUUCAAGAAAACUGGUAGUUCUUCUGAUGAAGCAGAUGAGGUUGAAAGUUCUCACAACCAGAAUCUACCUUCAAAGAUUGCUAAGAAAAUGGAAAAUGAAGAUGUUGUGGCUAAAGAGAAAUCAGAAGCUGUGAUACUGGAAUGCAAGGUAAAGUUGAAGGACAUCUCUGAAAAAGACAGAAAGAAGAAGGGAUUCCGAAGUAAGGCAUUGUUGGAAAAUUCCAUCAAGGAGUCUGAAGAUUCCACAAGUAAUGUGAAUCACUUGGCAGACAGCAAAAAUGUUAAGAAAGGAAAGAAGAAGAGCCCAGUUGGUAAAGAUGAAUCAGAAGUUUUUCAAGCAGAAAGCUCUGGAGAGGUCAUUUUUCCUGCAGCAGCUAGAAAGAAAUCAAAAGGAAAGAAAAGCAAGCCGUCACCUUUACAAGAAAAGUCACAAAAAAAGAAGCUUUCUAGUACCAAAAAGUCAAAGUCAGGCUAUGAUGUUAUGGCACCAGAGCCUGGGGAGGAUGAAAUGGAAGGCAAAUCUGAAGCAAAGGAGGAAAGUUCUCAGAAGGAACCAGAGAUCUUCACUAUUCAUGAGAUGACAAGCUCCAAUGAGAAAUCCUCAGAAAGAGAAUUCUGGACCAGGGAAGACAAAGAUGAACCACUUGGUGACAUGAGUUUUCUCAUCAACAUCAACUCUCAAAUCUCCAUGUUUGUUGCUGAUGCUUCACAACAGGAAUGUGAGUUGCAGCCCAUGACUGCCAGGGAACGCAAUGAUGUGUACAAAGUCACUCAGCUUUAUAAAGUGCGUGCAAGGAUUGGAACCAAGACUGAAAACAACCUGACAACAGUGCGCCUGUCCAAGCAAGCUGAAACAAGAAUGCCAAAACCUGGCAGAGUUGACAGCUUACUGAGUAACCUAAGUAUAAUGGCAUGUAAAGAAGCAACAAGGGAAAGCCCUAAGAAUCAAGGAAAGAGAAAGCACACUUCUCCUAUUGAUGGAAGUAUGCAAAGUACAGCUGAAGACCAUCUUGAGCAAGCUACACCUCCAAAGAAGAAACUUACUGAGCUUUCCAAGGCCAAUUAUUAAAUAAGCCAAUGCUGGGACUUGAUAGCCAUGAGGAUACUGUAAUGUACAAAAUACAUUUACUAUUACCAAAAGCAGUAAAACAUUGGACAUUAGAUGUUGCAAACAUUAUAAAUGAACUAUUUUAUUUGACAGAUUUCUUCUGGCAUAUUGUCUGUUCAGUUAUAGAUCACUAAUGACAUCAAAACGUAGAAAGAACAAUAAAAGGCCACAAGAGCCCUCAGUGAGUGUUAAUUAAUGCAUUAACUCUUUUACUUCCCAUUUGUUACCGAGACAGAAUGUCUCCUUACAAUAUCAAUACAGUACCAAAUUCCCUUCGAUAACAUGUGAUCUUGGAAGUGAAGGGAUUAAAAUGUUACGUCAUGUGUGGUAUAUAGCUAAACAGACAUUUAGCAUCCAAGGUUUUCCCUUAGUUUUAAUCAGUUUUUCAUUCCCUAUGAGGGCUUAAAUGUAUCCAGGAUACUAUUAGCUUAGUUACAAUACACCAUAUUACCAGUUGAAGGAAUUGAACAUAGUUUUAGUUUUCAAGCAAUGCAGAAACCUUGGCAUUUAAAAUUAAAGGUGAAUGAUUGCAUGCAAUGGCACUUUUCUUAGUGUUUGGCUUUCUUUACAUUUUAAUAACAUUAUAUUAAGAUUUCUGAAAAAAUCUGGAUUUGAAGGAAUUUUUUUUUCUGAAAUGAGAGUCAAAUCUGGUAGCGAAAGUAAUUUCUCUUAAAAACAUUCCCUUUUAUAAACAGACAUACUUUCACUUACUUCUUUUAAACAAAAAAUUUAGACCUCUUACUAAUUUGUUAUGAAAUCAAUCAUGCCACUCUAGUUAUCUGCAAUGGCUUUUACAGCUGUUUACAAUAAAAUAUAUCAUGAACAUCGCAUCUAAAUACACUUGAUGUGAGUUCACCUGUCUAUCUUUAGAAUAUGGGUUUGAAAUAGCCUAUUUAAACUAGUAGGUAUUUUAUCAUAUAUCAAUUUGCUUUUUGAAAAUCUAGCAUGUUUCUUUAUAGGACAUUGCAAAAAGUAGAGUUGAAUCUUGUUGCUUGUAUGGCCAGCUCACACAGUGAAAGGAGGGAGGGUGGAUCAUAAAGAGCACAAAACUUGAUAACAGAUAACUACAAAGAAUAAAAAUUAAUACUUUAUUUGGAAAUGCAAUAUGUCUUCUAAGCUAA